UUUACUCCUCCGCGAAAAUAAUGGCGACACACGGCGCUCUCCUCUCCUCCGGCGACCGGCGAUGCCUAUAGGCUACGGCAAUGGCGCCCAGCUGUGCCUCUAUAUAUGCUCCCCCACACACACUCGCCCUCCUCGGCCAGCUCGCCCUCUUCCCCGUCCCGCCUCCUCUCCUCCAUCGCCCGCGCCGCGCCGCGCUCGUGGCCUCGUGGGGCGGAGCCGCGGAAGUACCCGGGGAAGACCGCGCGGCGCGCAGCGAAUCCGGCCGUGGUCCGAUUGGCUGAGCAUCGAAGCGCGGUCUUCAUCAUCCAAACACUGCUACUUGCCACUGCCAACGACAGCCAGCGAUCCUACAGUUAACCUCAGUGGAUGUCUUUGACUUUGCAUCCAUGCCCUGGUAACCUCUGUGAAACUUUGUGCUCUGUUGGCUCUUCCUGCUCUUGCACUUGAACAUGGGUGUGGCGUCUUCUAUGAUUGAAGACGACAAGGUCCUUGUGUUAUGCCAGGAGAGGAAGCGUUUUGUUAGAGAGGCACUUGAUGGAAGAUGUGCGCUUGCAUGUGCUCACCAUGAUUAUAUUGUGUCACUUAGAGAUACGGGAUCUCUUCUGAGAAAUUGUUUUGAAGGAGAGAAGUCUCCUGCAGCUGCAAAUAAGGAGGGUCAUGUUGCAGAUUCAGAAGAUGGUUUCGACAAUCCGUCCACUGAAACUGUGGCACAGGUGCACAAGAACCCCAAUGAUUUGCCUCAGAUAGUGUAGCUUCAGAAAAUAUUGCUUCAGUAGACAGGCUCAAAGGCAAGAGGAGAAUAAUAGGUGUUAUCACAAAUGAAAAUGAUGAAAUUCCUGCCACCCCCCUGGUUAAUGUGGUCCCAUCAUCUGCGGCUGCUCGCACUAUGGACUCCCAGAAACCUUAUCCUGAAGUAAAGAAUGUGGUGAAGGACUUAUCUUCUUCGUUUAUGAAAGAGGUUGAGAUAUUAUUCUUUAGGGCAUGUGAUUCUGGGAAACAAGUUCCAAUGAUUCUGGAAGAAGAUAAAAUCCAGUUCCGCCCUCUACUACCUGAAGAAAUAGCACAUGGAUCAAAGGCAUCAAAGUUUCUUGCGACAUUUCUUGUUUGCUGCAGGGAGGAAGUUUCUAUUCCCAAACCUCCUCCUCAAGCUGAGAUAAAGUACCUUACCUGGCAUAGAUCAGUGUCUUCACAGCUGUCGCCAUCUAAGAAUCCUCCUCGAACUAUUCUUGUCGUCCAUACAUCGACGCUAGAUAGGUUGUAUGCAUGGGAGACAAAGCUUUAUGACGAAGUUAAGGCCAAUAGCUCCAUCUGCAGGAAGUAUGAUGAGAAAUGUAAACAACUGAGAGACCAGGAGUCGCGAGGGAAAAAACUAAUCAUUACCGAUUUUACCCCUGCUGCAGUAGAAGACUUGCAUUCCAGAAUCCCAGUGGCUAUUCGAAAGAUAUACUUCAUUUCGAUGAACAUAGAAGAUCUAAGGGAUAAAGAGCUUCAAGCCUUCAACCGCAGCUGGAUGAGCUAAUUGAGAGUCUCACCAUGAUAUGGGCAACCAUGCUCCAGUGCCAUCGGCAUCAACACGGGAUCAUCAAGUCACUAUCCAGCAGCUGCAAAUUACAAAUACCAUUCGACUCCGACUCUCAUUGCCAAACCGUAGCUCUCCUCUCCGCUGAGCUCGGAAAACUACGGUUAAACUUACAAAACUGGAUCUCAUCCCACAAGGCCUACCUGCGCAGCAUAAACCUGUGGCUGCACAAGUGUAUGAAACCUCUGAGGAAGAGGAAGAGCUCCAGGAAGCAAAACGCAGCCGCCGUCGACGUCUCGCUGGCGGAGUGCGCCGUCGCGCCCAUGUUCGCCGCCGGCGAGACCUGGAUGAAGCUGCUGGACGAUCUGCCGACCGAGGACCUGGAAGAGGCCAUCGAGUGUCUUGUUGCCGGUAUAAGCCGCCUUCUGCCACGCCGUUUGGAUCAACGCCUGGACGAGACGGUAAAAGAUGGUGAAGCGGAGCAAGAGGUUCCUAGAGACGAUGCCGCUGCCGAUUUAAGAUCGAUCCUCGUGGUGUUCGUCGAGAAGCUUGAGGCAUUUUCGGAAGUUUCAGUGCAGAAAUACCUCGAUCUGCAGAGAGGCGUCGGUGCGGCUAAAGACAGGCUUGUGAGAGAGGCUUGAAGCAGUGACUGCAGGUGUAUAGUAUCCCGGCUGGGUUAAACACUGCGACCUCAUCCUUGUCGAGUUUCAAGUAAAAGUAAAUAAAUGGUUGUUCCUCGUGUAAAAUCUGAACCUUGCUCGUUGUGACCAAAAUCUGUAAAAUGUGACCUUGCUAGCUGUGAGACAGCAGAGUUAGAAGGCAGCAUGGUUUGAAAUGCCGAUGUGGAUGUAAACAUGCAAUGGGCGUGAUGUGAUCCUGUAAAUAUAAAUGCAACGGGUG